UGCUGGAUCUCCUAGUGACCUGCUGUUCUUUCCUGCCUUCCUGCGUCUUUUUUUGGGUUCAGAUUAAAAACAGCUCUUGGGUGCUCUUGUUUCUUCUUGCUUUUUUUCUACAGAAAACACCGAGGCUGCUUCACCGAGGGUUUCUUCUCUUCUUCUAGAUCGAGAGUCGUGGGUAGAAACACAGAGCAGACAGAGCUUGUUUGUAAAUUUGGAUGAGGGACCGUGUUUAUGUUUGUGUCCCUUUUGGUGGAAGGGAUGAAGAACGGGGCCACAUAGAUACCAGGACUAAUUCUCAAGUUGACUUGGCCGCCUGUGCAAUGCAUGGGAACUCGGAGUGACAAACAGCCAGCCAGAGAACAACAAGAGUGCGACUUUGGCACUGCAAGCAGGAGCAGAAAGAAAGCAAAAGAGUAGAAGAAGAGAGUCAGACUGCUUUGUGAUGAUGGACACUCUGAUGGACUGACUGAGCUCUGCUGUCAGAAUUCUGACUGCUUCUCUUCUCUUCUGGAGUGACCUGGAGGGAGAGUACUCCAAGCAAGCACGGACCAGAGACGUGACUUUUGGAUUUCCUCGUCUCCGGUGGAGAGUAGGAGGUAUAUCUGGUUUGGAGGGUGUCCUGGGCUCGACCCUGGCCGUUUAGUGGACCGUGGCGGUGGCGUCUUCUCUUCCGUUCCGGGACAACAAAAAUGUACCCGCAGGGACGGCACCCGGUCCCUCUGCAGCCCGGCCAGUCCUUCAAGUUCACAGUCUUGGAGACACUGGACCGCAUCAAGGAGGAGUUCCAGUUCCUCCAGGCACAGUACCACAGCCUGAAGCUGGAGUGCGAGAAACUGGCGAGUGAGAAGACAGAGAUGCAGAGGCACUACAUCAUGUACUAUGAGAUGUCCUAUGGAUUGAACAUUGAAAUGCACAAACAGGCUGAGAUUGUGAAGCGGCUCAGUGCUAUCUGUGCUCAGAUCAUCCCCUUCCUCUCUCAGGAGCACCAGCAGCAGGUGGUACAGGCAGUGGAGAGAGCCAAGCAAGUCACAAUGGCAGAGCUCAACGCCAUCAUUGGGCAGCAGCAGCUCCAGCACCUCUCCCACCACACCCCUGGCAUCCCACUCACACCCCACCCAUCAGGCCUCUCCCUGGGGGGCAGCUCAGGGCUGCUGGCCCUCACUGGGGCCCUGGGGGUCCCACCCCACCUGGCCUCCAAAGAUGAGCGGAACCUGCUAGAUCCGGAACACCUGAGAGAAGGAGCGCCGAGCAGGAGUAAGUCGGUGUCCUCAACGGACAGCCAGCCUGUGGAGGAACGGCAGGGUCCCUCGGGGGGUUACUCGGCUCAGGGCGGUGCCGAUGGCAAGAGGAGGCGCUGUGAGGAAAAAGAGACGCUUCCGUCACACUAUGACAGCGACGGGGAAAAGAGCGAGGACAACUUGGUGGUGGAUGUUUCCAACGAGGAUCCCACUUCUCCAGCCGGUAGCCCGCCAAACUCUCCUCAUGGUAAUGGGCUUGAUCGAGCACCCACCCUCAGGAAAGAGCUGCCCAGGAGCCCCAGUCCCCCCAAUGCCCCUGGGUCACCGCCAGCUCGCAGCCCCACACCAAGCAAGGCCAAGGAUCCAGCACAGGCAGACAAAUCCCAGUCCCCCUGCUCAAAAUCAAGCACCCCUUCCCCAUCGCACCGAGAGGCCCUGACCCCGGGACCACCUGGGCCGAGCACUUCCUGCCUGCGCCUGGUCACCAAGCCCGCCUCAUCGGCCGACCCCCUCGCCCUACGAAGCCCACUCUCUGUGCCCCCUGGCUCGUACCCGGCCCAUUUUGGUGUGGUGUCCCAUGCCAGCCUCAAUGGGGAGCUUGCCAGCCCCGGCAGCUUUGGCGGGGCCCUCACCUUGUCCCCGCAGAUCAGCGUCGGCGCCAGCGCAUACACGCGUAGCCCCAUGGCAUAUGAAUCUCGAUCCCACCUCAGGCCCCCGGGGCUGUCCUCUGCGCUACCCGGAACCACAGGGGGCAAGCCCGCUUACUCUUUCCACGUGAGCGCAGACGGGCAGAUGCAGCCGGUCCCCUUCCCCCCCGACGCCCUGCUGGGCCCCGGCAUCCCUCGGCACGCUCGGCAGAUCCACACGCUCAACCACGGGGAAGUGGUGUGCGCCGUCACCAUCAGCACCUCCACCCGGAACGUGUACACCGGCGGCAAGGGCUGCGUCAAGGUGUGGGACAUCAGCCAGCCCGGCAGCAAGAGCCCCAUGGCACAGCUGGACUGUCUGAACAGAGAUAAUUACAUCCGGUCGUGUAAGCUCCUUCCUGAUGGGCGGACCCUGAUCGUCGGAGGGGAAGCGAGCACGCUGUCAAUCUGGGACCUAGCCACGCCCACACCCCGCAUCAAGGCGGAGCUGACGUCUUCCGCCCCCGCCUGCUACGCGCUGGCCAUCAGCCCCGACAACAAGGUCUGCUUCUCCUGCUGCAGCGACGGCAACAUCGUGGUGUGGGACCUGCAUAACCAGACCCUGGUCAGGCAGUUCCAGGGCCACACGGACGGGGCCAGUUGCAUCGACAUCUCCAACGACGGGACCAAGCUGUGGACGGGGGGGCUGGACAACACCGUGCGCUGCUGGGACCUGAGGGAGGGGCGGCAACUGCAGCAACACGACUUCACCUCCCAGAUCUUCUCUCUUGGGUACUGUCCCACUGGGGAGUGGCUCGCCGUUGGGAUGGAGAGCAGUAACGUGGAGGUGCUGCACGUCUCCAAGCCCGACAAGUACCAGCUGCACCUCCACGAGAGCUGUGUACUUUCUCUCAAGUUCGCCUACUGCGGCAAGUGGUUUGUGAGCACAGGCAAGGACAAUUUGCUAAAUGCGUGGAGGACCCCCUAUGGAGCCAGCAUAUUCCAGUCGAAAGAGUCCUCCUCAGUCCUCAGCUGCGACGUCUCUCCAGAUGAUAAAUUCAUCGUCACUGGGUCUGGCGACAAAAAGGCCACGGUGUACGAGGUGGUGUACUGAGGCCAGGACUGUGGCAGGGGCAGGGGGGAUCAAUGGACAAACCACAGCUCCCAUACGGCUCGGCUUCGACCUCCAGAUUCCAGCUCUUUAACGUCCCCACAGUCACCCCGGCUUUCAGCUGCCUCCUCUCCCCCCUCCCCUCCCCUCCUCCACCAACCACCAUCACCACUACCUUGGACCGAAGCAGGAGAAAGGGAUGCAUUGUGGGUAAUUAGUGCUGUUUCCUGAUUAAGAGCUCAAUGGAGGGGAUCCCCCAGAGGGGGCCGUGCGUUGCUCUGGGGCCCAGGCUGAGGAACACUGAUACCAGACAAUCGAUUCAUUAGUCCGUCAGUCACACGGUAAUGAGGCAGAUGCAGGCCACCCUCCCUGGGGACAUGGCGCUGCUCAGUCCUGGGCCGGGGGGUGGGGGGGCUAUCUUCUGAAGAGACGCUUGUAUACAGGGAGGUUCACGCAAGCUCUUCAUCCGAUUAAGUAUUAAUAUUGCAGCUCACAGUCUAACUCCCUCACAUUUACUUUAUGUCUGUCUUCUGAGGCCAGCGGAGACUUCCCAGCCAGUUAAGUGCCACAAACGUCAAGUAGUUACAGUAGCAUCUUAUUGUCAUUUUCUAUACACUUAAAGGUACAACGAGCAAUGGUUCCUGCUCCUUGCAUAUACACAGGUUGACGGAGCUGUCAUUUGUAAAUUUCACCUGCACCGCAAACUUUAAAUGAUAGAAAUUCUAAUUAUAUAAUUUUAUAUAAAUGCAUAUAAAAUUAUAUAUGAAUAUAUAUUUUAAAAAAUUAAUUCAGUUUUUCAGGGGGUCAGUGGCUGUAAAACGUGGCUGGUAGUCAUUUUAGAUUAAAAUCUGCUGCAGAGAAACAGUAAAAUUGUCAACUUGUCCUUGUCAGGAUCACAGUAUUCCAGUCUUACGAAGGCAGUUGAAUCAUAUUGUCUUAUAUUUGAUUUUUUUUUUUUUAUACAGCUGCUGGCCCUCAGAGUAAUCUCACCCAAUACCCAAGUUUUAUCAGCGAAGCUUUCAGCACCAGACCACCUGUAUUCUGUGUUAUAGUUGCAGACAAUCUGUUUGUCACGACAACAAUGGUGGGAAGACACAAAAAUGCAAACGUUUUAAGUAGAAUCUAUUGCACACCAACGCAAGUCUUUAAGGGGAAUUAUUGCUCUUUAUCCCUGUGCUGGUUAAAGGUGGCAGCUCCUUAUGUGAAGAUGGAGAGGUUAUUCUACUUUUUUUUUAAACUAGAACUGAUGUCACUGUACUAUAUAUAAAAAAUUGUGUGCAUUGCUACUUGUGUUUCAUUCGGUCUAUGGUGAGAAUGCAGCUCGCGCUGUAGGUUUCAGUUGUUGAGCAGGAGCUAAGUGUCACCGGGCUUAAGAAGGUGGCUCUUCCCAACACCUGGCACCUCCCCCGCCUGCCACCGAUCCAUCGUUCGCACCCGUCAUUCAAGAGUCCCCUGCCUUUGAUUGCCUAUGAAUUUUCAAGUUCUUAUUUAGUACUCUUCAAAAAGCCAAGGAUCUUUUCAAAGUGCACUGUGUUUCCUUCCUGUCGCGUUUCCCAUGUGUUGUAAAAGAAAUAAAAACUGUAUGUUGACCUUU